AUGAUAUCUAGCAAAUUGAGCAAUAUACCCGACAGCGAGCAGAGCACACUACACGAAACUCUCAGUGGUCUUCUCCAUCGGCUUUUGUUCGCUCGGGCGGCCGAUGAUCGGUACACUUUAGUCUUAACAAUGCACCAUGCCAUCAUCGAUGGCUGGAGCCUGCGCAGACUAAUGGCCGAUCUUCGCACAGCUUAUGCCAACAAGAAUCUCGCUGAUGGUAUUCCUGCUUCCACUAUUCUUGGAGAAUGGAGUCUCCUUGACAAAAAUGUGGCACACAUCUUUUGGAGCCAAUACCUCGCGACUGCGACGGGACCAGAUACGGUCAAAUCCGAUGUCAAUGCCAGUGACCAAUUGAUACCUGAGAUCAAGAUUAUUCAGUCUCGAUGGCCCUGCCGUGUUACUUCGAGUGCUUUGAGUGGUGUGAACAGGAAUUUCGGCGUUACGUCCUUCACCAUUGUAUGGACUCUUCUUGGUUUGGCUUUACCUCGGACAAACAAAACAAAAUUAACAAUCUUCUGGACCACAAGCAGCGGAAGGGCCGAUCUUACUGGCGGGAUUGAUGCCAUUGGAAAUUACUUGACUUCGAUUCUAUGCGUCAUGAAUGUCGAAGACGACAUACCGAUCGAGCAAAUUCGAUCAGAAUCGCAUUCCGGUCUCACGCAGCACAUUUUGGGCCGCUUACAAGGAGCUUGCGAGAAGCUCUGCUCCCCUGCCACAUCUUCCCACACAACCCAAUCACUCGCUGCGUACAGCGAUGGCUAUCUAGAAAGGCCUGCUGUCCUGUCACAUAAUCUGGAAGUUCAACAACAGCCUUCGCCUUCCGAAAAUCUUGUCUCGCUGUUUGUGGAGGCGGCGAAGCAAUGCCCCAAUUGCCUCGCUCCCUCCACUGUCUCAUCACAUAUUAACUUUGCAGAGCUAGAUUAUUUAAUGGCAAAGAUGACGAGGAAGCGAAUACAGGCCCCUGGUAACUGGCCGAGGGUCGUUGCCUCGUUUCUGGAUCGAAGAUUGACGAUGAUCAUUGCCAUAAUUGCAGCGCUCAGAGCCGGCAUGACCUACUGUUCAUUGGAAUAUGACACACCAUCCGCUCGUCUGAACAUGCAGAACACCAUAAUCAAUGCUUUCAUGGAUCAUAGGGCCUUGGCGGUUUCUAAAUUCACCUCAAACAAGGAGGUCGUCAAGGUCGCCCAGGCCAGUUCCAUUCAGCGCCGGCCAAGAUCUGAGCAAGAUUUUAGACGGAAUACGAGAAUUGCACAGCAUCACAAAACCUUCCGCACCACAUUCGACAUCGAAGACGACACUGUUGUGCAAAAGGUCGUCGCUUAUGCCUGGUACAGCUUUGAGGUCGGCGAUUUGAAGCACAGCGCAAAUAUUGACGAAGCAAAACUUGCAAUGCGGCACCCGAACUUGUCACAGUCGUGCGCGCUGCUCAAAUUCCGUGACAUGUAUGAGAAUCCAACCGUCACAGGUUUGGCGUCUAUCCUGACCCAGCAAGGCCCGAAGCCGGUUCAGCAACAUCCCAAUCAUGUGAGCAAUGCCUGUCUCCUUCAAAACACGCCCAUCUUGGAGUGGAUUUUCCGCGCAGGUCGUGCUAAUCAGAAUUGGUUCAAUCAAGGACAUGCAACCCAACUCGCAGAUUUCCAUCGGUUUAUCGAUAUGGAGAGGGCCUGGCAGAUUUUGACCAAUAUUCACCCGAUGCUCCGAGUCCAAGUUGUCGGUGACGGUCCAGAGAAGUUGGUGGCUACUCCUAACUCGCCAGAUCUUCGGGACUACUGCGUUCUGUGGCGCAAGAUGAACCCUUGGGGAGAGUUCCGCCAGGCAGCGCAGGGGCUGCAGUCCCGUCUCAAUCUACGCCAGGGACUCAUCUGUGGCCUGGUCAUUGUAGCAAGUAUUCAAGAUCGUCCGGUCGUGAAAGCCGGUAAUGACUUCCUUAAAAUCGAUGAAGCGACCUUGCAGAAAAAUACGGGCAGCUCGGUGCACUUUGCCAGUCUCAAGUCCGCGGCCGAAAUUUUGGAGCUUGCCACAAGCGUACACGACGUGGACGCGAUAGACAUUGUUCUUGUGGCGUUGCUUGUAGUUCUACAGAGCUAG